UCGCAAGAUCACACAAAGAUUGCCGAACGCUCAUGGCCGACGACGACCAGCGCGACCGGCUCCUUAGCGGCAGCGUGGACGCUCCGCCCAUCUCGCCGGCGGCGAGCCCACGCUGGUAUUGCCGGCGGCGCGUGCAAGUGGUCCUCGCGCUCGUAGGCUGCAUCGUCAUCGCUCUCGUGACGCUCGUGCACUUGGUCUUGGCGCUGCGGGGCACGACGAUGGCCUUUCGCUCGCUGCAUUUGCCCGACCUCUGCAGCGACAAGUCGCUUGGCGCCGUCGGCGUCGAGUUUGUCAACCCGUCGCUGUGCGCGCCGACGAUCGGGCCGUUCGAUGUGCACCUCUCGACCAACGGCACCUCGCUUCUAGUCGUAUCGUUGCCAGCGUUUUCGCUCGCGACCGGCGCCUCGUCGGUGCAGUCGCACGUCUUCUUCUCCGUCCAAGCAUCGCCGAUGGACCUCCAGCGCUUUCUCUUUCAGUCGCCGACGCCAGAGCUGACUGUGUCGGGGUCCAUUCCGAUCCACAUCUCGUGUCUUCUUGUGCCAUUUACCGUCCAUGUCGACGUCCACGACUUGCUGCCGUCGUCUUCCUCGGUCCAUCGGUCUGGCAUGUGGGCCUUUCCUCGGCGGCGGCGAUCAGCACCCAAUGACUUUGACAUUGCCAAGCACAUUGACGAAAUGAUACAUUCGAUACUCCACACGAUCGGGCUCUCGCGCGGCCAUAUCGACGAAGACGACCAUGGCAUCUACGUCUUCUCGGACGUGACGUUCGAGUACGCGUCGCAGGUGCAGUGGACUGUGCCCGACCUGAGCUUUGAGCUCACGCACCCCAUGAAGAACGAAACUUUGCUCCGGGUUGGGUUUUAUGGCUUUACACUUGGUGGCGGUACGACGCACAUUGCCACGUACACAUAUUUGGCGCACGCCGACACGGCGCCGCUCGAAGACGUGCUGCAGUCGUACCUCGGCGGGUCCAACGUCUCGCUGGCCAUUGUCGGCGGCCACCCGCAGUCGCACUGCCUCGCGCAGCAGCUCUUCAACCGCAUGUCGUUCCCAAUCGAGAUUCCUGGCACGAUUGACGGUCAGCCAGCCUUUUUGCGCAAGUAUGAGCUCAACCCGACGCUCAAGAAGCUCGACUCGGAGACGCACACGUGCGAGCUCCGACUGGACGUCGACCUCCAGAUCCACAACCCGCUCCCGAUCGAACUGGAUCUGCUCCACUUGCAGUUUGACAUUUUGUACCAGAACACGUCGACGAAGCUCCCGCCAAAGGAUCUGGCAACCGCUAUUGACGAGACGGCGGUCGCGUGGCCGGCCCAGGCCGUCAACAACGUCUCAUUCCCGAUCCUUGUCACGUCGUUUGAGGUCUGCGAAGACCUCAUUGUGCUCUACCUCAGCGACCAGCUGGCCUUUUCGUUGCAUCAUGGCAACCUCACGAUCGCGCUUGGCGGCGGCAGUGCGUUUGAGAUUCCGUUCACUGUCGAUGACAUUCGGGUCCACCCGCCAACAGAGGUCCUCGAGAGCACAGACACAGAAGCUACGUCCGCCUAAGACUGUAGUAUAUAGCAUCCUUUGGUUCUUAAACCAUCUUGGUGGUGG